AUGGCGGACGAGGUGGUUCUUCUGAGCACAUGGCCGAGCAUGUUCGGGAUGAGGGUGCAGAUCGCCCUUGCCGAGAAGGGGGUCAAGUACGAGUACAGGGAGGAGGAUCUGACCAAGAAGAGCGAUCUCCUCCUCAAGAUGAACCCGGUUCACAAGAAGAUCCCGGUGCUCAUCCACAACGGAAGCCGGUCUGCGAGUCCCUCAUCGCCGUUCAAUCUACGACGCCGGCAGGAAGAUCUGGGCGACGAAGGGGGAGGAGCAGGAGGCGGGAAGAAGGAGUUCAUAGAGUGCCUCAGGGUGCUGGAGGGUGAGCUCGGCGACAAGCCCUACUUCGGCGGAGACAAAUUGGGGUACGUGGACAUAGCCCUGGUCCCGUUCUACAGCUGGUUCUACGCCUACGAGACCUGCGGGCAAGUUCAGCAUAGAGGCGGAGUGCCCCAAGUUUGUGGCAUGGGCCAAGAGAUGCAUGCAGAGGGAGAGCGUCGGCAAGUCCCUCCCUGA